CUUCGUCCCUGCUGAAGAUGGUGGCAGGCGGCUAGUUUUAACUUCGGACUACCUGCUGUGUGGUUUUUUUUCCUCGGUGAAGCGCACAGACAUCAGUUGAGGUGUCUUGAGAUGACGGAAGUAGAGCCAGUGUUGGACUUUGCCUCCUCGGGACGCUCGGGGAGGAGAAACGCCCUCCCUGACAUCCUGGGCUCUCCAGCAGGUGUAAACCCAGGGGACCUGCCUCUGAAGCUGGCUGAGCUGUCCCUUAAAGAUGGUCCAGGAGGAGCACAGUCCCCCACGUCUGAGGAGCCUCCAGCCCCGGCGGAGAGCUCCGAGGGGAGCGAGGGAUCGUAGGGACUCGUUUAUUUUCCUCCCCCGGAGAACUGCAAAGAUAACCUGAGAGACGGGAUGAGGAGCGAGGAGACAGAGGGCACCCAGUGGGAGAGAGAGGGAGAGUGAUUAUCUGUGGAGAGUCAGUCUGUUUGCGAAGCAGCUGAGCCAAGGAGGGAGGGUGACAGAGCGACUCCCCAAGGACUGGAGCCAGGGGCUUAGGACUGUUUGGCACUCAGCAUUAUCUGAAACGAGUCAGACGUCAUUUAGUUA